CCGUGCAAGGAAGGAAGGAAGGAAGGAAGGAAGGAAGGACCGACCGUGCAUACAACUCCUGUAAGCAAAUGAUGGAACAAAGAAGAUGAUCACAUGUUUAAAACAUGAAUUUCCUAAUAGAACUAAGAAAACUUUGUAUUGACAGAAAAGGGGAAUGGGAACAUAGUAUAAAUCUAGCCCCAUGGAAGCAGCUCCUGGGGGGAGAAAAAAGGAUGGAGAAAGAAAGGGAUAUAUAACAGCCCCAAUUUCAACUGAAAGUCAGGGCUGUUACCUCACCUGCUGACAUCACAGAGAUACUUACAUAAUCCAGAUAUUUCUCUUUGUUUCCAGUGCUCCUCAUCUGAAGGGAGAGUUUGAGUAUCGGAGAAAGAAAAGGGCUCCUCUGUCGAUAUGGAGGUGACUCGAUAUCAGUUCUCUAGGUCAGCCAACAAUUCUGAGGAAAGGGUCCUCGCUCACUAUAGUGAAGUGGUAUUAUUUCUGGAAGGAGAACCAGAUAUUCCAGAAGAACUGCGAGGAGCCAAGAAGGGGAUGCUGUACCUCACUCAAUACAAAAUAAUAUUCCAGCAUAAAGAUAAGGGGUCGACCAUCAUUCGUUUUCCUCUGCAGCUGUUGGGAGAUUGCUUUCUGGAGGAAGAGCCCGACUCCAAACCUCAACACAUCCAAGGAACUCUGACUUCCACCCAGGGACUUCUUGUUUUCAAAUUCACUUUCCAGUAUGGAGCUUCGGAUUGCCUAAACAUGAUUAAAGAUCUAGUAGAUUCAGAUAUUUUGAAAGAGGCGACCAAUCUCCAAGAAUACCCCACCGCCUCCAUCUAUACCUACGCCCACCCUGCGGCGCCACAGACAACCCGUUCUCUCAACAUGUUACCACUGUGGCCUCCCCCUUACCCUGGCCCCCCAGAGCUCCCCCCACCCUAUUCUGAAGUGGAAGCAGAAUCUCCAGGAAGAAGCAGAGAGACAGAGAUCCAGGAAACCUGUUGCCAUUGCAGAGGACAAAUGGUUCAGAAUCCAGCAAACAGGCUGGACUAAACAUGUUACAGAUCCUGUGGAAACAGGGAUAAUUUAUGCUAAUGGUGUAUUAAAAUGAAAAUUAAUAACAACUUACCAACAAGUGUAGGAUGUUUUCCCCUUCCACUAGUCAUUUUUGGUAGCCUUCCUUCUAAUCAUGCAGAAGAUUCAAGACAUUAUAAUCAGGAGUGGAAUUCAUUGUGCUUAAUUAUAUUGUUCCUCUUGCGUUUGAAAUCCGGCUGGUUAGCAAAUUAGGAAGAUGUUUCUAGUUUGACUCA